CGAAGGAGGAACGCAUGAGGCCAGAAUGAGAAAAAGAGACCGGGAUCUUGUGGAAUACCCCUCCUUUCCCGGAGAGUGUCCACCGCAGUCCAGCAGAGCAGGCCUCAGGGCAGUGGGGGCCACUGCCUCCCUCGCAGAAGCAUGGCUCAGGUGUGAAGAAGGAUUUCAGGAUUCUCCUGGGACUCGGUCAUUAGCAGCUGAAAAGAAGACUGUUACAGAGAAGCACCUUGAAUUGUUUGCUAGUCCCCAAAAAGAAACUACCACAUCUAAGAGUGCCAGUGGGCUUACAGAUAUAACUUGGAGCUCCAGUGGAAGUGAUCAGUCAGAUGAAGAUGAACUGCAGUUUGUUGACUGGGAGAGGGACAGUGACAGGGAAGAUACUAAUGAUGAGAAUGAAUUUGAAGACAGUGAGAGUGCUGUGGAGGAUGGCGAGAGUGCCGUGGAAAUAUCAGACUGUGCUUCUUGUGCAAGCAGUCAUUCUUUGACAAGUGAAGACAGAGUAUCUGAGCUUCCUAAGACAAGUUCUACAGAAAUUUUGGAGUAUUCAUCAGAUAGUGAAAGCAAAGAUAACUCAGAGAAUGGCUUCUUCAAUGAGUCCGAAUCCUCUCGCAAACACCCCGUGGAGUUUGGAUCAGAUGGAGGAAAAGUUAUGGAGAGACGGGUAAUCCCAAGGGUGAAACCUACAGACAGCAUUUUGUAUACCCCCCAGAAACAGAUGAAGUUGCCUAGGACUCCUGAAAAAUCAGCAAAUAAGAAGCAGCUUUCAAGAGGCGGGCUAGCAGAAAGACUAAAUGGACUGCAGAAUCGAGAGAGAUCUGCCAUUUCCUUGUGGAGACAUCAGUGUGUUUCUUACCAAAAGACACUUUCAGGUAGCAGAUCUGGUGUAUUAACUGUGAAAAUUCUAGAGCUGCAUGAAGAAUGCACCAUCCAAGUCGCCAUGUGUGAGCAGUUAGUGGGACUGCAGGCUGGUGGCUCUUCUCAAUGUGAAGCCUCUGGGCCUGGCCUGAAGGUUCUCUUCACCAAGGAGACUGCACACCAUCUCAGGGGGCAGCCCCAAGACAUCAUCCACAUCUACCCUCCCUGGCAAAAGCUUAUUAUCCCAAAUGGAAGUUGCCCUGUUAUUCUGAAUACUUAUUUCUGUAAGAAAGUUGUUGCCAAAGAAGAUUCAAGAACAACACAUGAAGUGCGCUUUGGGGACACACCCCUUCCAAGAAGAAACAUCACCUUAUCCCAGAUGUUUAGAUUUAAGAGUCUAACAAAUAAUUCACCUGAAAGCCAGGUUCUGUGCAGUCUCCCCACCCUGAGGACAGACUGGACCCACAGGCCCUGCUCAUCUCAAGCGCCCCUGAGCGACUCGCUCCUGGACACAGUAGAAAGCCAAGGAGCUGCCACGUGGUCGGGAGUUGGAGUCCCAGUGGUGGUGCAGAGAGUUUACUUUCUUCCCUGCAGGUGUCAGCAGGGAGGCGGCUCCGCGGCUCCACCCAGCUCAGACGCACCAAGCUUCCGAGUCUGCCUCCUCGUGCAGGAUGCCUACGGAAUGUUCGGCGAAGUGCACUCAGAGGGCACCAUCUUUAAGGACAGACGGUUGGAGGGGCAGUCCUGCCGCCUGGCGGGCAUGAAGGUGCUGCAGAAGGCCAUCCGAGGAAGGACAGCAGGGCUCUUCAGUUUGAUUGACACUCUGUGGCCUCCAGUGGUGCCUCUAAAAGCACCUGGCCACGGCCAGGCCUGUGAAGAGGCGAACACUCCUCUGCCUCCUCGCUUCUGUUAUGUCCUUGCUGCUCACCCCACACUGGGACAGAUUGAUAUCAUUGAAGACCCUGUCUCUAAGCUUUACCAGCCCCCAGCUCCUUGCUCCCUACGAGAAAUUCUCCAGACUGGUGAUCUUGGUACCCGUUGCAGUUUCUAUGCCAGAGUGAUUUAUCAAAGACCAUCGCUAAGCAGUUUGCUUCUUCUGGAGCAAAGGGAGAUCUGGCUGGCGGUGACCGACGUCACCCUGCAAGUGCAGGAUGAAAAUCACUCUGGCUUCCCCAGAACCCUGCCGGUCUGCGUGACCUCCUCGUGUGUGCUGGGCCAGGAGGUCCUGGAAGAACUCGCCAAGGCUGCCCCCCACAGCUUCUUCUUCAGAGACGCUCUCCGAGACCAGGGUCGGAUUGUCUGUGGUGAGCGCACUGUCCUCUCGCUUCCAAAGCCCGUUCUGGAUGUGGCCUCGGGCACUCGCUCCUGUGAGCUGCCGGGCCCUGUGAGGCUCGAUGGCCUGGAUUCCGUCACUCAGGUCAACUGCAUCUGCAGCGUUCAAGGCACUGUGGUCGCUGUGGACGAGAGCACGGCCUUCUCCUGGCCUGUGUGUGACCGGUGUGGCAGCGAGAGAUUGGAACAGAGCCCAGAAGACAGUGACAGAGGCGCCUUUUCCUGUGCGGACUGCUCCCGCGUGGUCACCUCUCCUGUCCUCCGACGGCACCUGCAGGUCUUCCUGGCCUGCCCUGCGCGGCCCCAGUGCACAGUGAGGGUCAAGCUGAUGCAGAACAGUAUCUCCUCGCUCCUGAGGUUCGCUGCCGGUGAGGACGGGGGUUAUGAAGUGAACAGCGUCAUCGGAAAGGAGGUGGGGUGGCUAAAUUGUUUUGUCCAGUCCGUAACCACCCACCCGACCAGCUGCCUGGGAUUGGAGGAAAUCGAGCUUCUGCGUGCAGAAAGGGCCUCUUCAGGCACCACUGGUUCUCCUGGGCAUCUGUGAAGGCCGGUGUGGCUGCCAGGGUGCUGCUGGUGGUUUGGUAGCUGUUAACUAUGGGCAAAGUGAAUGUAUUUUAUGAUCUUGAAAUGGAACUUACAAUUUUUCUGGGGCACAUGACAGUAAAAUGGUUUUGUAAACUAUAAAUCAAAGUACUUUUUUUCUACUAUAUAUUUUUAUUACCUUCCUGCAAACUUAGGGACAUAACUGUUAAUAAAGCUUAUGUAAGCUUGA